CCCGGGGGAGGUGCUCGGCCCAGUGCACCGCGCGCACGCGCGGCCUCACUGACCCCGGAAGUGCUCGGGCGGCUGGGUGACACGUCGCAGGGGCCGCGGCGGCGGGUGUGGGGCUUGGCCCGGAGGGGCUGCAGAUAAUUUGCGAUGUCUGGGUUUGACAGCUUCAACACAGACUUCUUCCAGACGAGUUACAGUAUCGAUGACCAGUCGCAGUCCUAUGAUUACAGUGGAAGACCGUACAGCAAGCAGUAUGGAGGCUAUGAAUACUCUCAACAAAGUGGAUUUGUCCCUCCAGACAUGAUGCAGCAGCAGCCUUACACAGGGCAGAUUUACCAGCCAACACAGACAUACACUCCAACUUCAGCACAGUCUUUUUAUGGAAGUAAUUUUGAGGAUGAACCUCCACUGUUAGAAGAAUUGGGGAUCAAUUUUGACCACAUCUGGCAGAAGACACUAACAGUGCUACACCCAUUAAAAGUAGCAGAUGGCAGCAUCAUGAAUGAGACUGAUUUGGCUGGACCUAUGGUCUUCUGUCUAGCUUUUGGAGCCACAUUAUUACUGGCUGGUAAAAUUCAAUUUGGUUAUGUGUAUGGAAUCAGUGCAAUCGGAUGUUUAGGGAUGUUUUGUCUCCUGAACUUAAUGAGCAUGACGGGUGUCUCGUUUGGCUGCGUUGCCAGUGUCCUUGGAUACUGUCUUCUUCCCAUGAUCCUACUUUCCACUUUCGCAAUUGUAUUUUCGUUGCAGGGAAUGAUGGGGAUUAUUCUCACGGCUGGAGUCAUUGGCUGGUGCAGCUUUUCUGCCUCCAAAAUCUUUAUUUCUGCCUUAGCAAUGGAAGGACAACAACUUCUAGUAGCAUACCCCUGUGCUUUAUUGUAUGGAGUCUUUGCUCUCAUUUCUGUGUUUUGAAUAGACUGUCCAAACUUUGGACUUUGGUGGGCCAAAAUAAAAACAUCAACUUGGAACCUUUAGCUGGACCAGAAACGGCUGCAAACAACUGUAUAGUGUUGCUAUCAUAAAACUUAGACCUGUUUUGAAUCAUCUGGAACAAUGAAAACAAAUGUCUCACGUUCACUUUUUUAGGACUUUGAAUACUGUUUUCAAUUGACCUGAGGUGUCUAUAGCUUUAAUACAUGUUCAUGCUUGUCAGGUUAAUGUAAUUUCUUUCCCAUUCCUAUAUCUUUAGAAAAGUAACUUUUGGUUGUUUGAGGGUCAUGUUUGGUUUUUGUUUUGCGUUUUGGUGUUUGUUGGGGUUUGUGUUUCUCUUUUUUUAGGGGCAUCAGGGAGGGAGAUGUAUUGCAGUUGUAAGUUGAUAGAUUUUUAUCAAAAGAAGUUAACAGAACUGCAGAUGCCCUUAGUUUGAGGUCCUUUUUAAAUAAAUCUGCAGUAAUAAGGAACCUAUUUUCUCUCCCCUCUUACCAAAAGCAAAAUGCACAAAUGAACACAAGCAAUUAAGAGUAUUUUCUGUAUUUUAACAAGUAUACUCUUUGGUCUCAUUUAUUUGUUCAUUUGAUGUGGUAGUAUUUCAGGGUUUACAUACCUAAAUUAUGAAUUAGAAAACAUGUUUAAAAGUUAAAGGGAUCUGUAAUUCUGUCACACUUGAAAUAUGAAUACAUUUGGAUGUCUGAGUAGCUAUAUGUUAACUUGGAUUUCUGAAGAUGACUUUAACUAGUUUCUUCAAAUGGUGCACAUAUUAGUUAGAUGAAGAGUAAUCUCUUUUGCAGUACUUCCAAGAAAAACACCAUUUUGAAAAUGUUAUGCUUGUCAGUAUUGUAGUUACUGUAAAAUAAUUUAAAGCAUAUUGAUUAAAUUUUCCUUAAAUUUUGAAAAAAGGGGUUUCUAAUCUUUCUUUUUCAGUGGAGUUCAGUACUAAAAUAGUAUCUUCAAUAUUGAAUCAAAAUCAUAUUUAAAACUGGAUUUGGUAUUUGCUGCAGUCACAAAUACUUAACCUUACAUGAGAAGUAUAAUACAGUUUGUGAUGUUAGUCACAAGAACUCUUACAAGCAUGAGAAGUGGGAAUGCAAAAAUUGUUGUUCUUCACAUAAGCACUUGCUAAUUCUUAAAAUACACAAGGAGAGGCUACAGGCGCAUUUUAAUUCAUGAUGAGGAGGGGAGGUUACUUAUGUAGAUAGUAAUUCCCUGCCGCCACCUUGGAAAUCAAAAAGAGUUCUAACAAAGUGCUAGACUAUAACUACCAUUUCUUCAGCAAUUUAUCCAAGGGAUUUAAUUUAAUUGAAUUUACUACAGGUAUUAGUCUGUUGUUCAUCUGUUGUGUUCAUGGAAUGACCUGUUCAGAGACUUCAGGAGUUGAAUAGCUGGUCAGAUAUUAUGUUAACACCUGGUAAGACUCAAUGUGCAAAUGCAUCUUCAAAGGAAAGCUUUGAUUUUAGUGGUAUGGGAAUGAAUAAAUUCAAAGGCGCAGCACACAGUUUUGUUCACUGUUCCCUUAGUUCUGCACAUUCUCCUAAAAACAGCUUCCUAGGACCACUAGAAGUUACUGGCAAGGUCCUUUGUUGGCCAGAGCCAGCUUUUGCUUGUGUUACUGGGAGGUGUGGGAAGUGUCAUGUGAGUGUAAAGCCUUUAAGAACCAAAUGGUCAUGCACAAAAUUGUUCAGACUUGCAUUUACUGUAACUGGUGGUUACAAUGAAUUUUAAAACACCCAUAAGAAGCUUCAAUUUCCUUCCAGAAGCAAAUUCAAGAGCCCAGUUUUCUACUUUGAUACAUUACUACAAAUUAUUAUCCUAAAUAAAAGUGGUGAGUUGAUUUUAUUUAGCAAAAUGUUUUACUAUGUGACUUCUUUAGAUUAGUAGGCCACAUCUGCCCCAGCGCACAAAGUUCUUACUCUUUUUAAUGAAGAACAUUACCUGCUGAUGGAGCAUGAUGUCCUGUAUUUGUGCAACUAAAUUACAGUGAUUACCUUUACUAAUGAGACCUAAUUAAAUACAGAAUUGUUCUAGUAAGUAUAAAAGCUCACAUACUUUCCCGAGCACAUCAGGUUCUAAUACUCAAAUAUUGUAUUUUUGUGAAAGGGGCUAAUUAAGCUUAGCUUGCAUAUACGGAUGUGGUUCAUUUAUUAAAGCUUGUGUGCUGAUCCUGUA